GGGUUGAUGGUCUCGUUUGAACGGCUCGGCAGGACUGGUGCGAGGGUGCACCAAUGGAAAAAUCUGGUACACUACGGAUGUAUCCGCACAAACCACAGUUUUCCCAGUUUUACCGAGCUUUUUGCUGCCACACAGGUACAAUAGAUCCCAGAGAGUCGGCUAUUGACAUUUGUUUACAGUUGUUGCUUCUGCUUCUACUGCCAAUCGAAGCUGUGAUCUUUUCAACAUGCCUCCAAUCCACUAAAGCUAUGGCAAUGACUGCUGAUUUGUAGAGUCCGAUGCUGCAGCUUGGUACCUGAUGGACGGGAUGAAAAGAUUUUCGGCACGAGCAGAAGAAAAAAUGCCCCCACCCCGUUUGCUUCCGUGAAACCGUCGGGACGCGGGAGCGUCAUGCUCGCGA